AUGUCGAUUGCAGUUGUAAAAGAACGUGAACUUGUGGUCGUUGGCGAGUUGGACUUAAAAUUCUUCCCAGCAGACGUGCCUCAAAGGUUGGAUGGACUCGCCGUUAACACAGAAGGCAAGAUAGUUGUGACAGAUGUCUGUGGCCACUGUGUUUAUGUAUUCGAUAGAUAUGGCAACUGUUUAAGGAAAAUUGGUAGCGAAGGAGAAAAUCCUGGACAAUUUAGCCACCCAGUGGGCGUUUCCUUUGUAAACAACAAUGAGAUUCUAAUUGCAGACCAAGAGAAUGAUAGGAUACAACAAGUAAAUAUCCAGACAGGAACUGUUGUGAAAAGCUUUGGAAAGCAUGGUGCAGGAAAAGGAGAGUUUGAGAAUCCACUUGAUGUUUGUUUAGAUGAUGAAGGACGCAUUGUUGUAACCGAGUGGGGCAAUCAUAGGAUACAAGUGUUGUCAAAGGAUGGAGAAACUAUUUCCAUGUUUGGAGACAGUGGCCCAGAGAAACUCAAUGAACCAUCAAGCUGCAUUCCUUACAAAAACCUGUUUGUCAUAGCUGAUGACGGCAAUGACUGCAUUAAGGUUUUCGAUCAGUCAGGAACUUUGCUGCGCAAGUUUGGAAAAGAAGGGAAUCAAGAUGGACAAUUUGACUCGCCGUUUGGUAUGCUUCUAGACAGCUCCGAUAAUCUUCUUGUAUGUGAUAACGGCAAUAGCCGAGUUCAGCAGUUUUCUUUAGACGGUCGCUUCACAGGCAAAACUAUCACUGAUUUACCAGGUCCCGCUGGAAUAGCAACAGCGUCAGAUGGACGUAUUCUCGUGACUAGCGCCACAGCUAACAAAGUAUACACAUUGAAAUAG